AUGUUCUUGCGAUCAGAAAAGAAUUAUCUCAAACAAACCCCAAUGGGUAGAUGGGGUAUACCACCUCUACCAUCAUCGAAUGAUCCACCAAACUCGAGCCAGAUCAAAUCCCUUAGAGAUACCAGUAUCCAAUCGUCCAAAGCUGCUAUUGAGAUGGGUAAAAUAGCUCUGAAUCUCAAAUUUUCCGAUAUAGACAUAUCUACAAACUCUCCAGAUGAAGCCGACAACAAUGCGAUAGCGGCCCCUGGUGCGAAUGCUGAGAUACAGAAGAUAACCGAUACGAUCUUGACUAGUAUAGUCUGUAUAUGCAUAUCACAAGUGAUGUUAGUUUCGACACAAUGGAAAGAAGCGUAUAACUUAGGAUUGAAACUUGUCAAAUUACGUGGAGGACCUAUCAAACUUUUAGAAGAAGCUAAGAAGAUAUCGUUAGAUCAUUUGAAUAGGACCAGAACUUUAUUGGAGAAUCUGGCAAUAAUAGAUGUAUGGCAUUGUCUUGCUUCGGGAGCGGCACCUACUUUGCUUGAAAAGGAAUUCCAACCUUGGUGGUUCGACUUUGCCGAGCAGAACGCUGAUUCGACACAUCCAGACUCCUUCCAAUUCGUGUGCGGUAUGGACAGGGGGAUGUUAGAAGUUGUUAAUCGAAUCAACAUCUUGGUUCACGAGAAGGAAGUCUUAUCCAAAUUACCUAAUCCGACCUACAUCACUAUUCACGGUCAGAAAGUACAAGAUAUGUUAUUAGAAUUGGAUAUAUGGGAAGUGACCAUAGGUACUGCAGAUAGAUUAUCUCGCGUUCAGCUUGGUAAUCUAAUUAUUGCAUAUACUAUGAGGGUCGUCAUCUGCGUUGAUCUGCUAGGAUAUCCCCAUUCUCACCCUACCGUUCAAACUUAUACCAGCUCUGCUUUGAAUCACUUGGAAAGUUCGAGGUCAUCACCAUGUACAGUCAACAUGCUCGUGCCGACUUUGAUAGUCGGGUCGAUGAUGUUCACUCGUGAAGGUAGAUAUCAGGCUAAGAAAGUCAUAGAAGCUCUAAGAUCGGAUGCAAGCUUCUCGUACGAUGUAGAAGAAGCUCUGAGGAUACUUGAUCAGUUGUAUAAGUUGAAAGACCAAGGUGUACAGGAUCCAUCUUGGAGAAGCCUCUUACAGGAUAUCCUGUUGUUAUGA